UCAAGUGGUGCUGUUGUAACAGAGAGCCAGACCUAUAAGAAACGAGCUGAUUUCUUAAGCAAUGAUGACUAUGCUGUCUAUAUUAGGGAGAAUAUUCAGGUGGGGAUGAUGGUUAGGUGCUGCAGAACCUACGAGGAGGUUUGUGAAGGAGAUGUAGGCAAAGUUAUUAAAUUGGAUCGAGAUGGAUUGCAUGAUCUGAACGUGCAGUGUGAUUGGCAACAAAAGGGUGGUACUUACUGGGUCAGAUACAUCCAUGUCGAGCUUUUAGGAUUCCCACCACAGAGUUCUGCCUCUCAUAUCAAGAUAGGUGACAAAGUGCGUGUGAAAAGCUCUGUCACCACACCCAAAUACAAAUGGGGAUCAGUUACUCACCGCAGCGUGGGCAUCGUCAAAG